AAGUAAGACGGUUCUUGUGGUAGGCGGUAUAUGUUUUGUGUCGAGUGGAGUUAAUUUUUCUUGUAACAAACAUGGAAGGUAUCGGACAAGUAUUCAGCAAUAUCGUUGACAACGGCGACAAUCUACUGAACCUGUUUCUCAGCAGCCUAGAUGAGCAUCAAACGUUUUGGUCUGAUCCCAAAAAUGACUUGGACACCAUUUUUUCCAAAAUCUCCAACCUGCUGGCCAGUAUCGAUACGCGGGACCGAGGUCUGCGAAUUCUGUGCCACCUGCUGCCCCAGUGUCCACUGGAUGUUGUCGAGGAAAAAGCGCAGCACUACAUAAAUGUUUGCGCAAAAAUUUGCAGUAACCGAGGGCACAUGCAGUCGAUGCCGUUGGCUUAUGGUGUCCUUGAGCAGCUGCUCCUCCGUUCUCUCAACUCAAAUGAGCUCCACAAACUUUUGGUCAGUAACUUAUCGAAACUCCUGGAACCGAUCGCUCCUAACCUAGACGCAUCGGUACUUCCGGCGGCGUUGAGCUUCUUGGAACUAUCCAUGCAACACUAUGCCGGUACCUGUGGAUCGAGCAAGAGUCGUAUCGAACCAUUCCUCUACUCGCUUGUGGACGCCACCGACCAACGGGUCAUCAAUCGGACAGCCAGGUGUAUGCUUUUGCUGCAACAAAUCCGAGGCGGUGGACAGCACGGAAACUUGCACAAGAAAACCUGGGAGGAGUACUUUCUCGCGCUCGUGGACACGAUACAAGACGUGCUGAACAAAAUAUUCGCGCACACUCCGGAAACGUUCGACGUAGAAGAAAACCUGGAGUGUUUGAAGCUUCCCCCGAUGCCAUCGACGAAAAAUCCGAUCCUGACAGCGCAAUUGUUGGCCGUCCGGGCGGUCAAUUUGAUCUCUUUCUUAGACCAUGCCAUCGUCGGGGCUUAUCCUGUGGCGAAACCGAUCGUCCCGUUUAAGGCGUUGAAUGUCAUUCUUCGUGGUCUGUCCGUAUCGUGCAGCGCUAUGGGGCGAAAUACGAUCAUUGAAAAUGUAGCCUUUGGGACGUUUUUACCGGCAAUUCAUUAUGCCCUACUGGAAGCGCUAGAUGGGCUGGUGUUGGCCCUGGGCAGUAACCUGCUAAUGUUCGGCGAUCUGGUAUACGAGAUAUUCCCAAAGUGUCUGAAAGCGGCACAAGCUGAUCGCAGCGGAGACGAAGGUGCGAAGAAGUCCUUCACUCGCCUGCGCACCAAAAUCUACGAAAGCAUCCAACUGUGGUGCGCAAAGAUGGGCCACGGUAGCUGUGUUGAGUCGGUGAAUGAACCUAUCCUGGAGCACAUAGUACGUGAUAUUACACCGUACGUAGGAGAGGUCACACUUAAGAUGGAUGCCGGUGGCAACCAUCGGCUUUCGGCGAGGGCAAAGAAAAAGCUACAGAAGGAGCAAAAUGCAGCCACAUCGUUGAAUCAGGCACACUCCCGAGGAACAGCGGCUGCGGAUAACAACGAACUGCUUAUGGAUCUGGGCAACGAGGCUCUCUGCAAGGCGGCCCUUGAUUGUUUGGCCAGUAUCCUUCAAUCGGUCGGGUGCUUCAUCAAGCCCGUCACCCACAAGCUGUUGCAGGAGAAGAUCGUGCCGUUGUGUUUCUCUCUCGUGACACACCAUCAGCUUACGGGACUCUAUCGGAAUGAAAAGGCACGUGUAGCACUUUUGCGAGCGUUUGCGGCGCUUAUCGUCAAUCCGCAUCACCAUUGUCCACCUCCGUUGCAAUACGCGGGGUACAUUUUCAACACACUCCAAACAACCGAUGUUAGUGCGGAGGUGCGUUCUACUGCCGCUGAACUGGCACGUACCAUGGAACUUGUGCUGCAUCCAUGGAAGGAAACCUUGUACUUCCCGGCGGAUCAGGCAGCCAUUAAGGAUGCUCUUGCGAACAAGGCAGGGCAUCCACUAGCGUCCCUGAUUUCGCAGACACCAUCUUCAAAGUACAGGCAAACGAAUGGUAUCCAGCGGAAGGAAGUGAAGGAACCUUCACCGAUAAAACCGUCGCCUAAAACAUCUUCCCCUACCAAGCAAGAUGAAAGUGAUGGCGAAAUCAACGAAUCACUUGCCGUCACAGAAGGCAGCGAUGACGAUGAACCGGUUGGUUGGGUGGAAGAAGUUAGCACUUCCUCGGUCGUAGACCACACUGAGCAGCCUUUGGUCGUGGAUGUGCCAUCGGUUCCGGACAACUCGCACAACGUUGACGAUGGUGUAAUUCAUCGUGCGGAGGAGGAUGAAAGUCACGUUGAACCGCCCGUCGUGUCCGUACUCGAUAGUGAUGAGGAGGUUGUUUCCCGGGAACAAAAGGAGAAUCCUGCGGACAAAGCCGAAGAUGACGAUGUUGUCGAAGUGCCGAUGGAUGUUGGCACAGAGGUAAAGAACGCAGGCAUCGUGAAUGAAAAUGGCAAACACGCGGCACCGACGGAAGCGGAAACUCCCGACUCGGGAUCUCCGAAACGAGUUAAGCUAGCAGAAGCGGAUGGAAAUAUCGCUAGCGAUAAGGAGAAGAAUAUUGACGCUCUUGUUGACGAGAUGGUCGCGGAAUUCGUUGACGAACCAUAAAUUCGACAAUAACACAUUUUUCUUUUUUGUAUUACAUAAGAACAGCUAUGCUAUUGAAUUAACAAAAAUAAAUAUCGUACGCCA